AGUACUGUGAAUGAAAAUAAAGAUUGCAGGUUCAGUGAUUUUUAUGUUUGUUUGCAGAUUGGUUUGAAAGGGGAAGAAUUGAAACUUCAUUCUCUUACCGGAAGUUCGAGCGUUGAGUGGGGUCAAGCAUCUCAAGACCAACCUAUCACAUGGUACAAGUCUCUCUUCAACGCGCCAGAUGGAAACGAGCCAUUGGCUUUGGAUAUGAACAGUAUGGGAAAAGGUCAAAUAUGGGUAAAUGGACAAAAUGUUGGACGGUAUUGGCCUGGUUAUAAAGCCUUCGGUACUUGCAACCCCUGUGAUUAUCGUGGACGCUACAACGAAACAAAAUGCCAGACAAAUUGUGGGGAGGCUUCUCAAAGAUGGUAAGCUUUAUUUAUGUCCUUAAAUUAAGUAUGGGUUA